AUGCAGUUUCUGAAAAGAUUUGCUUAUCUUAUAAAUAAAUCACAAUAUAUAAUAAAUAAAAAGAGAGAAUUUGAAAUAGUAAAUGUUAUUCGUCGUUGUAAUCAUGAGUCUAAUGUAGUAUUUGAAGAAUAUGAAGAAAGUGAAGAAGAAAAGAAUAUAUACACACAAAUAUCCAGAGAUUAUUUGGGGUCAGCUGUUGGUGGAAAUAGAAUAUUUCUUAUACAACCGUACAUAAAAUGGGGUGUUAAGAAGAAAAGAAAUACUUCACCCCAGUUACAAUUAGAUGAAGCAAUAGCACUCAUUAAUACACUACCAAAUUGGAGUGUUGUUGGUAAAAAAAUUGUUCCAUUACUUUCUUUACAAAAGAAGCAGCUUGUUGGUUCUGGAUCUCUUGAGACAUUGAAGGCAGAUAUUAGGAAUUGUGCAAAUGUUACAGCUAUAUUUGUUAGUACAAAUUUAUUGAAAUUUAUACAAAUUGCUGAAUUGCAAGAGGCUUUUCAAUUGCCGAUUUACGAUCGUUAUUCUAUAGUUAUUCAUAUUUUUCGAGAACAUGCAAAGACAUCGGAAGCAAAGUUGCAAGUAGCUUUAGCAGAAAUACCAUAUAUUAAACAGAAAAUAACUGAUUUAUCUGCUUAUCGUAUCGGACGAAUACACUGUAAUGAAAAAACAAAGGCCUUACUUCACACUAGAGAAAGAAAGUUAAACAAUGCAUUAAAGAAAUUGAAAGAACAUAGGCACAUGAUAAAAGAGCGAAGGUUAAGUUUUGGUUUUCCAAGCAUUGCUGUUGUUGGGUAUACAAAUGCUGGCAAAACAUCUUUAAUAAAGGCAUUAACAGAAGAUGAUUCGCUGCAACCUGAAGACAAGCUAUUUGCUACUUUAGAUACAACAGUACAUCAAGGAUAUCUUCCAAAUAAAGUAAAAGUAUUAUACAUCGAUACCAUUGGAUUUAUUCAAGAUGUACCAGAAACUUUAAUAGAGCCAUUUAGAGUAACUUUAGAAGAUGCUCUAAAUGCUGAUAUUUUAGUUCAUGUGUUUGAUAUAAGUCAUCCUGACUUGAAAGCACAAAUUCAACAUGUACAAAUAACAAUACAGCGUAUGAUAAAUGAAAAUAAAGUGGUAAUUAAUGUUGCAAAUAAGUAUGAUAUGGUGGAACAGGGUACCAUUGAAACAGAUAUUCUACCAGAAGGUACACAUCUCGUUUCUGCUGCUAAAUUGACAGGAAUUGAUUUGUUACGAUCGAAAAUGCAAGAACAAAUUAUAGAUGCCUCUGAUUUACUAAAAAAACGUAUUAGGGUACAAACAGGCAGUGCAAUAGCAUCGUGGUUGUACAACCAAGCAACGGUUCUAAGCGCUGAACCUGAUCCAAAAGAUUCGCAAUACUUAAUAAUGGAUGUGUUAAUGUCAACAGAAGCGUUUUAUAAAUUUAAACGGUUU